CACAUGCGCGCUGCAUCUCCCCACUCCCUCUCCUCCCGUCGCCUUGGAAACAGACAAAAAGGGUGUUCUCGGCCCGGAGAAAGGAGAGCAGAGGUACCCAUCGGCUCAUCACAUGACUGUUCCUCUUCUCGUUGUCUCCGCGUUGAGGAUUUGCUAAAGGUUUUCGGAAAGUAGAAGAACCUGACGGACUGACCGGGGAUCGACAUGUCAGACGUAGUUCCACCAGAGGUUAGACCCAAACCAGUCGUUCCCGCCAAGCCCCCAAACGUGGGGGCUCCCUCUCCUUCAAGCCCGUUUCCACCCCAGGGACCGGGUAUUGGAGGCGGUGGCAUUUCUGCUGCCCCUCCAAGUGGAAUUCCUGUUCCCAUCGGGAGUCACGGUCCAAGCCAUGUUGGCAGUCACACUGUGGUCCACAGUGGAGGACAUGUAGGGGCCCACCCUCCAGCACACAGCGCAGGUCAUGGCCACGGAGGCUCCCACAGCUCUAGCGGCGGGUCCACCCUGCUGGGGUACAUCGGUAUCGACACCAUCAUUGAACAGAUGAGGAAGAAGACCAUGAAGACUGGCUUUGACUUCAACAUCAUGGUGGUUGGUCCGAGCGGACUUGGAAAGUCAACUCUGGUGAACACUUUAUUUAAAUCCCAGGUGAGCAGGAAGAGCGCAGGAUGGGCUCGUGAUGAGAAGAUUCCCAAAACCGUAGAGAUUAAAUCAGUGUCUCACGUGAUUGAGGAAGGUGGUGUGAAGAUGAAGCUGACCAUCGUUGACACGCCAGGCUUUGGAGACCAAAUCAACAAUGACAACUGCUGGGAGCCCAUUUCUAAAUACAUCAAUGAGCAGUUUGAGAAGUUCCUGAAGGAGGAGGUGAACAUCACCAGGAAGAAGCGCAUCCCAGACACCCGGGUGCACUGCUGUCUCUACUUCAUCCCUCCAACUGGACACUGUCUUCGGCAGCUGGACGUUGAAUUUAUGAGGCGCCUGAGUCACUCUGUCAACAUAAUUCCAGUUAUCGCAAAAUCGGACACGAUGACCAUCGAGGAGAGACAAGAGUUCAAACAGAGGGUGAGAAAGGAGCUGGAAAACAACGGGAUUGAGUUCUACCCACAGAAAGAGUUUGAUGAUGACAUGGAGGACAAGAGCGACAAUGACAAGAUCAGAGAAACGAUGCCGUUUGCCGUGGUCGGGAGUGAUAAAGAGCACCAAGUGAACGGAAAACGGGUUCUGGGGAGGAAGACCGCCUGGGGAAUCAUAGAGGUUGAAAAUCCAAACCACUGCGAGUUUGCUCAACUGAGAGAUUUCCUGAUCAGGUCUCACCUCCAGGAUUUGAAGGAAGUUACUCACAACAUCCACUAUGAAACGUACCGUGCCAAGAGACUGAACGACAACGGCGGGCUGCACCCCAUCUCCUCCAACGACACCCAGGAAAGCAACCUGUAGUCAGUCAGCGAAGGAUCAUUCAGGAGAUCAAAACAGUGCAGUGAAGCUCAAAAAAUAAUCUACAAACCAUUAUAAGAUCAUGUUCUCGUCAGCUUUGCUGCAUGAGUGAAACAUCUGUCAGUCUGUAACAGUCGCUGUCAUUUAGUGUGGAGUCUCAGACUCAUCAAACAUAUCCUGUUACUUUCAUAUGAAGAAAACCCAUAAAUGUUUGGUGUAACGGUCCAGAGCAUCGAGUGCUGGAGGUGAGCCUUUGAAUGGCCUUAGUUUGAAGAAACAGAGACUAUUUUUCAUUUGACGUAUGAGUGAAUGGCUAGUAAGAGAUGGGGUCAGAUACCAUUUUUGUCUCAAAAGUUUAACAUUUUAUGUUACUGCUGUCUUAUAAAUGUCGUGUGUGACUGUUAAAAGCUUGUGGUUAGCCACAGGGCUAGCUACUUCAUAAUACAUUUGUCACGAUAACUAUAAAUUGUGACAUUUGUGUACACGUAGAGUUUAGAAAAUAGCAUUAUUAUCCUGCAGGAUCAGAGCUAAUCUCAGUUUCUCCAAGCUGAGGCCAUUCAGUGAUUCGUCUAAAACCGUUAGACUGAUCCUAACUUUUCUACACAAUCCCACUUAAAAUUAUACUCAAAUAUUCGCUGUCAGGCAUUAAAGUAUUUAAGAUGUCCCCUUUAAAGCCUCAGAGUUACUAAUUAUAACUGAACAUUUAACAGUUCCUGAUCUUCAAACCACAUCUUAAUUAUAUUUGAGACAAAUUUAAAAUGUUCUAGAUUUGUGUAGCAAAGAUGGAUGAAUUUAGACAAGAUCAAAUAAUUAGGUUUUAAUAUUAAAUCUGUAUUCCUGCUUAUUUGGGACUAGCAAGCCAGCUCUGCAGGUGAUUACUAAAAUUUAGAUUUUUAAAAUUCUUAGUAACAAAAUUCAGACAGAAAUCACCGACUUUACUUUCAGAUUUUAGUUGAUGCAGUUCUUUAAAACCUCCUGCUUUUACUGCCCUUCAUACUAAAACAGCACGAGUCCACAGGGUGGGUGGCUGUUGUGUUUAAGUAAGAAAGAUCAUGUUCAAGCCUCUUUAGUGGUUUUUUUCCUCUGCACAAUUUAAUCUUUUUUAUUCAGAUGGAUGAAAAACUUACACAUUUAUUUGUCGUGUUAUUUUUUGUCACCCUCAAUUCUGUUUUCUGAACUUUUGUUGCACAUUUUAUUUUAAUCCCUCUACUCUUAUUUACAGUGGGAAAUAAAUAAUAACACCACAGCUGUGUAGGCAAUUUGGCAUUAUGUUUGUAUGGUCUGAGGCAAGCGAACAAAUACAAAGCAUUAGAUCAGAAGGGGAACUGUUGCGCUAUUUUAGAGUUAAACACCUGCUGGUCACCACUAGGUGGCAGCAUGCUGCAGCAUUAGGGAUGUGAGUCACUGCUUCUUUCUUGCACCUGUCAGAUCCAUUCUGAGAGGAUUUUCCAAGGUUGCCAACAUCUCUCUUCACGUCAAGUUUACUAAAUACCCUUUUUGGUUAAAACCCAGAAGGUAUGCACUUGAGCUGUGAACAUGUUUACCAAGUUGUCUUCAGGAUUUCAACAUUUAUAAAAUGUUUGCCAUGUAGAGUCUGCAGUGGAGAAGAAUAAUGCCAAAAUUAUAAAGUAAUUUAUUCUUUCAACAAACCAGUAAUUAACCAGUAUGAUGCUGAUGGGGUGUUUGAAGCAUAUUUGUGGUUUUAGUUUAAAAGAAAUGAAAAAAUAAAGUAUCAUAUCGUGUUUGUGUGAGCAUGCUUGUGUUCAUGCUGCCUGUUUGAUUACCACUGAAAACCUUAACAUUUCUGAAUGUGUGUGAUCUGAACAUUAAACUGGGAGGGAAAUGGCUGCAGUCUUAAUUCCAGAAACUCAAGCGACAGCCCAUCAUGCCUCUCUCUCAGCCAGUACAACGUCACCCUGUACGUUUAUUUAAUGACUACUUUAAUCAAAGUUGCUGUGACACAUUUUAAGCAUAAUUUUUGGAGUUAUUUAUACAUUUGUGCCCUAUUGUUGUAAUUUAUUCUUUAUUUAAUAAAAAUGCACUUGUCCAA